AGGAGUGGCGAGAGCCGGCACAGUCUUUAGAAACGUUCUCUAUCUCGUGCACGUUGCACCGAUAUGAAGCUGAAGGUGACAGAAACUCUUCUUCGCGUGUGGCCGCAGUGGGCCACCUGCUUGACAGUGACCCUAUUGUCUAUCAGUGUGGGAUUGAAGAUUGGUUGGACGUCCCCCUAUCUGGCCCAGUUGACCAAAGAAGACUCGCCACUUCGCAUAACUGACGACGAGGCGACAUGGAUAGUUUCUCUGCUUCCGUUCGGGCGAUUGUUCGGUGCCGUGGUCGGCUACCUCGCCAUGGAAUAUUAUGGCAGCAAAAGAUCCCUGUUAAUCUCGGGUAUACCCAUCAUGAUCAGCUGGAUCUGUAUAAUACUCGCCGAUUCGGCCGUCUGGCUCUACGUAUCCAGACUUUGCGCAGGUAUGUGCUUCGGCAUGUUCUACGGCUGCUUCGCCAUGUACAUGGGCGAGGUGGCGGCCCCUGAAAUUCGUGGCGCGCUGGUAAGCACGAUAAUAAAUGGACUUCCGUUCGGGACGUUGAUCGGGAGCAUAAUGGGCAGCCAAGUGUCCAUGAUGUGUUUCGGAGUUGUAAGUCUGGUUUUGGCCAUCUGCUUCAUGAUCAUCUUCCCGCUGUUGCCCCAAUCGCCGCACCACUACGUGCGUAACGAUAAUUCGAUCGAGGCGAGGAAAACGAUCCAAUGGUACCACAGGAAAUCGAACGUGAACGCGGAACUGGAAUUGAUCGAGAACUUUGUGCGAUCCUCCCGAUCGAUGAACUUCCGCCACAAGCUCAAACAGAUCACGGAGAGGAAGAAUAGACGCUCGUUGAUUUUAAUCAUACUUCUGUACAUCUUCAUGCAACUGAGCGGGGUGAACACCGUCACGUACUACAUGGAAAUUAUCGUAAGAAAGGCGAAAGUGACGAUACUGGAACCGGCCACUAUUGUGAUUAUCGUCAAUGGAAUCGGUAUAGCGGUCGGCUGGAUCAGCGUGUAUCUGAUCGAUCGAUACGGCAGAAGGGUUCUCAUGGCGGUGUCAUGCGGCUGCGUAAUCAUCGGAAUGGUGCUUCUGGGAUUACACUUUAUGUUAUUGGAACAGAAUUUCGACUCAAAAAAUCUGGAAUGGUUGCCGAUCCUGGCGAUGAUAUUUUACGUGAUGAUAUCCAUCGGUCUGAUACCAGUUCCGAGCACUGUGCUCGGCGAGUUUUUCUCGGAUGAUUUAAAAAGUAUCGCUGGAUUCGCCGUGAGCAUCACAUCCGCGUUAUUCGCGUUCGUCUCCAGCGCAACCUAUCAGCCGAUGAUCGAUCUCACGAGCGAAAAAUACGUUUACUGGAUGUACGCGAUGGUCAUGAUCGUGUGCAUGAUUUAUUCGUUUGUGGAAAUACCGGAAACCAAAGGGAAGACUUUGCAGGAAAUACAAGAGAUGCUGCAGGAGAGGCAGAAGAAAGGAAGAAAAAUUCGAAAGAGAUGCAAACAUUACGUCUGUCAUACACUUUGUCUCUUCAGAACACUCACAAUGACCAUGGCAAUAGAUGGAAAAUUAAGCAAAAGAAUACUUUGGCCCCAAUGGAUAGCUGGAUUUGGAGUUUUGUUAUUAGGAACCGAAGUGGGAUUGAUGGGAGGUUGGUCAUCCCCGUACAUCAGCGAAUUAACAUCUCCGAAUUCUUCGUUCACAAUUACGAUAUCAGAGCUAUCUUGGGUGGUGUCGCUGUUCAAUCUCGGCAGAUUGAUAGGCUGUAUCAAAGGUGCUCUGUGCAGCGGCUAUUUUGGCAGUGAAAAGACGAUUCUGAUCUCCAGUAUGCCUAUCACGUUGAGCUGGCUCUUCAUCAUCCUGGCUAACAGAGUGGAAUGGAUAUACGUCGCGAGAUUCCUCGGUGGCCUCAGCCUGGGAAUGGUUUACUCCUGCUAUUCCUUAUAUCUGGGCGAGAUAGCGAACCCUACUAUAAGAGGAGCAUUGGUCGCAAUGGGUACCACUGGAUUACCAAUCGGGAACCUCCUAAUGAGCGUCAUGGGAGCGUAUUUGUCGAUGCACACGUCAGCUUUGAUAGCUCUGAUCUCCUGCAUCGUAAUGAUAAUUAUUUUCGUCUGGUUGCCAGAAUCGCCUUAUCACCUGAUAAAGAAAAAAUUAGACGAGAAAGCGAAAUACUCGAUCCAAUGGUAUCACAGGGAGUGCGACGUGGAGCACGAGUUCAAGGAGAUGCGAAAAUUCGUCGAGAAUCUCGACAGACAAUCGUUGUCCGACACUUUGAAGGAGCUCAAGAUUCUUCAUUACCGCAAGUCAAUAAUCAUAGUCUCGGUUCUAAUCGUGUACAGUCAAUUGUCCGGGAUAAACAGUAUUCUAUUUUACAUGGAGCCGAUUUUGACCACAGCGAAAGUCAGUGUCAUGGAACCCGCGCAAGUGGUGAUAAUAGUGAUGGCAGGUGGUGUCGUUGCGUCGUGUUUAUCGAUAUUCGUGCUCGACAGAUUCGGAAGGAAAUUUCUCAUGAUCAUGUCCUGCAGCGCGAUCCUCCUGUCUUACGGUAUUUUGACAGUUGAAUUUCAUUUGUUGGAUCUCGGUUUCGAUUCGAAAAAAGUGGAAGGAUUGGCGAUCAUCGGAAUGAUAUUAUUUUACAUAUCGGUGUUUUUGGGCAUCAUUCUCGUCCCAUCGACGAUGAUGGGUGAAAUUUUCCCUCAACAUCUCAAGUGCAUCGCUGCAUGCAUCGUCAGUAUCUCGGGCUCUACGAUCGCUUUCCUCUCGACGUUUACUUAUUUAACGCUGCUCGAUUUUAUGACCGAAAAAUACUUGUUCUUGUUCUACGGUUUGCUCGUGGCCUCCUGCAUACCGUUUACCGUAUGUUUCGUGCCUGAGACGAAGGGAUUGUCUUUGCAAGAGAUUCAGAAUAAAUUGACAGGGAAGGACAAGAAAACUUUACGUGCAUCCGCGUGCGUCGAUAAGGAUAAAUUUUCUCAGGAACAAAACUUGGGACCAUACGUAAUCUCACGCGACAAUUAA